AUGUCUGAAGUUAAUAAAUUUCUCCCUCAAAUAUUUGGUAGCAAUAUCGAGCUUAUUCGAGCUCAAAACACAAAUUUACUACAGCAAAACUUCCAGCUUACUCAAAAAUUAUCAAAACUAGAAAGUGACUACAAACUUCUGCAAACAAAUUAUCAAAGCUUAGUUGACCAUAUCAAAGAAAUCGAGCAGGAUUAUGAAAAUGAGUCCACGAGAUGCCAAUCUACUAUUGACAAUUUAAAAGAAAUAUAUUAUUUAAAGCGUAAGGGAAUUAAAAAUAAUUUUGCUAAAAAUAAUGAUGAUUUAGUAUUAAUAAUUAUAAUAAAAAAUACAGAUAACGACUACAAAAAUUCACAAGCAGAGCUUAAACUCCUUAAAAUGAGACUUGAAAAAGACGAAAAAAACGAAAAAACUAUCGAAGAGCUCAAAGAAAAUAUUAACAAAGCUGAAGAAGAAAAGGAAAUCGAGACCGAAGCUAUUAAAGAACAGAUUGAAUUGCUAUUAGAAGAGCUUACUCCCCCCUCCGUGGGUGAACAAAAAAAAGCUGCUCAAGGAGGUUAAAUUUUUUUUAAAAAAUUUUAUAUAUAAAUUUUAAAGAAAAUUUUUUUUUCUGAAUUUAAAAAAAUCCCAAUUCUCGAAAUUUGGGAGGUAAAUAUUAAUUUAAUUUGUAAAAUUUAUAUUUUAAAAACGCAAAUUGUUUAAAAUUAAACAGAUUUCAUGAUACUAGCUGUCACUUAUAUAUCAAUUUUUUUUUUCCAUGAAGAAUUUUUCUACUAAAAAAAAUUUUUUGUUCGGUCAAGGAGGGUGGGUUUUUUUAGGCAAAAAUAGGGAUUUUUCUAAUGGUUUUGUUCACUGAUGGAGAGGAGUUAGAGAAUCUCGACAUGAGAAAGAAGAGCUGGAAUCCCACAAUAAAAUGUAUCAAAAUGAGAUUAAAAAAUGCAAAGAAACAAUUUUCGAGCUUAGAAAAGAGCUUGACAAAUGUAAAAAUCAGCAAAAUAAUAACCAUUUUAUUGAAGAGCAUUCAGAAAGAAAAUCCGAAAAAGAUGAAAAUGAGAGUAAUAAAGGAGAAGAGGUAUUGGAUGAGUGAUAUAAGAAAAGAACAGAAAGGAGAGAGGAUAUGCUAAAAUUUAAGAGAAGCUAUAAUGAUAUCGUUAAACGUAAUCUGCCACAGGAUUAUGUGAAAAAGAAAGUCGGUAAAAUUUAA